AUGACCUUCACUUGCGGCACGUGCUGGCGCCAAUUCCCUGCGGGAUGGCACUCUCGUGAGCAACAUCUCAAUGCGACCGGACAUGGUAUUCCUCUCUAUGAAUGCGAUACCUGCGACCGCUACUUUAAUAGCCAACAUUCUGUUGACCAACACAUGAAUGCCUUGGAUCACUGGGCACAGCCUGCCACCCCGCACACCUACUGGGAAUGCGACCGCUGUUCCGACUGCUUCUGCGACGAAGAGGAACUGCAGGAACAUGAACUUGAGGAUCACUGCUACUGUAAGCCCUGUGGGCGCUUUUUCCAAAAUCGGAACAAUCUUCAACAGCAUCUUAACUCCAAGCUUCACCGCAUCUCGGACCUUCAGUGCCCUUUCUGCAAGGAGUUUCGCAAUACCGCAACUGGCCUUGUAUAUCACUUGGAACAGGGUUGUUGCCCAAAUGCUCCUCUUGACCGCGACAAAUUGUAUCAAGCCGUCCGUCAGCGUGACCCCAAUGGAGUCCUUGCCAAGAAGCUUCUUGACUGGCAUGGCUCACCGGUGUACAGAGCAACCAGCAAGACUUGGAACCCCGAGUAUUGUGCAUUCGAAUGUUAUCUCUGCCAUCGUCUUUUCCAGCAGCUGCCCGGCUUGACUCAGCAUCUCAACUCUCCUGUUCAUCAAGAGAAACUCUACCACUGUCCGAAUCGAAGUUGUAUCAAAGAGUUCACCACUUUGGCAGCCGUCAUCAAUCACCUGGAAAGUGAGUCAUGUAACUUCAUGCGUUUUGCCAACGUCCAGAAGCAGGUUGGGAGAAUUAUCGAUCCUGGUCGCAUGAUUUCAUUUUGA